UCAAAAUAUAUGGCGUACUUCUGUAAGAAGACGCCAGUGUCUAUCAUAAUUUUGUUGCGAGAGGCGUUAUUCAUUUAAUCGCCAUGGAUAGAAUUUCCUUGCAGAAGCCUGUUAAACCCAACGAAGAAGUUAAAAUUAAAAUAAAGCAACAGAUUGUGUGGAAAAAUGCAUUAGGACUUUUGCUGAUGCACCUUAUAGGACUGUACGGGUUACACGUUUCUAUUACAUUUGCUAAAUUGCUGACUUGGAUAUAUGGUUUUAUCGUCUUUAUUAUCUGCGGUGCUGGAAUCACAAUCGGUGCCCACCGCUGCUUCGCGCAUCGAUCAUUUAAAGCAACAUUUGGAUUGCGGUGUCUUCUGGUGGCGUUUUUCACCAUGACAGGAGAGAACAGUCUGUAUAUUUGGGUGCGCGAUCACCGCCAACACCACAAAUAUUCGGACACGGACGCAGACCCUCACAACGCCAAGAGAGGGUUCUUCUUCUCGCACUGCGGUUGGCUGAUGGUACGAAAACACCCGGAGGUUAUUGCAAAAGGAAAAACCCUCGACCUCUCUGAUCUCGAAGCGGAUCCAAUUAUAAUGUUCCAGAAAAAGUAUUACUACUUGUUAUACGGCGCUAUUAACACGUUUAUCGUCGCCCUGCCCUAUCUACUGUGGGGUGAGUCGGUCCGGGUGUCAAUUUUAGGUGUGUUCAUUUUACGAAGUGUGGUCGUAUACAACAUCACAUGGCUCGUUAACAGUGCGGCCCACCUCUACGGCACUAGACCCUACAACGGCGAAAUUCAACCUGUGGAGAGCAGCACUGUAUCAAUUUUAACGUGUGGAGAAGGCUGGCACAACUUUCAUCACACAUUUCCGUCAGAUUAUCGUGCGUCAGAGUACGGACAUAAACACGAUUUGUCUUCAAGAGUAAUACAACUAAUGGAAAAAAGAGGCUGGGCGUAUAAUCUCAAAGAAACUCCCCAACAUUUGGUGAACAAAUGGGUGAAGAAAUUCGGCGAUGGCAGUCACAUGUUGAGCUGUGAGUGGAAAGAGGAUUCAUCUGACGACGCGGAGACACAAUUAAGCACCAAGAAGGUUUUAAAUUGUAGAGAAGAAAUUAUAAGAAGCGACAUGCGUGCAUAUAACAACGUAGUUAAAGCAACGAAUGAAAAUAUUGCCGCACGAAGACUGAACACUUCAAAUACAUGAAUUACACAGACAAGACUCUGAAAAAAUUCUGGUGUAUCAACAAUAAAACAUGUAGGAAUGUCGGCUCUUUUUACACUAGUCCCUAGUUUACCCUGAAAAUCAAACACAGUAUGAUGUUAUAUGAAUUAAAAUAUCGUUUACUCUGGCAUAGCAUAGGCUACUGCAAAACAUUUUCUGUUGUGAAGUGUGGUACAUACGACUUUAGAAUCUGAAGUAGAACUCAGUCUGUAAUCCCAUUAUAUUUUUAAAUUAACAACUUAAAAAUCAUAAGCAUAGCGUAAUAAUUCUGGUGCGUUCGUCAGAACCUGCCGUUGUAUCUUUAACCAUGGUAAGUAUAAUAACCACGGUAAUCAAGGAAGCCUCGUGAUUCCCCACCCAGUCAUUUCCGCGAGAGCAAACUCGUGAAUGUCUUCAUGGAAUGUGGCCGAUUUUAAGCACAAUUUUAAUACGUCUACAAAUUUUGGCACAACUCCAAGAUAUCAAAUAUCUGAAAAAUCCGAUCAGUCGUUCUCGAGUUUCAUGCGCGUGGACAGACAGACGGACAAGGGAACACUGCUUAGUAUACAAGUUAUUUAUAUAAGAAACACUGUAUCAUGUGAGAAGAAAUUUGUUCUCAUUAUCAGUCUGAGACACUGCAUUGUCUUAAUUUUAGAGGUCUCUACUUGUAUGUUAUUUGCAUAUAUCGGUUUUCAUUAAUAUUACAACGCAAUUAAAUUUUUUUCACAAGUACUAAUAAUAAACAUCUGCAUUAACUUUUCUGCAAGAAUCUUUAGCAUAGCAUUUUAUAAUAAUAACUACAUUUCAAGUUUUGUACUUUUUUUUAAAACAAGUAAACUAACUUACAAUUAUUUUCAAAUACAUGCUAACAUAAAUUAA